GGUGCACCAUGCGGGAGAGGCAGAAGAGAAAGAAGGGGAGGACCUGGGCGGAAGCCGCCAAGACGGUUUUGGAAAAGUACCCAAAUACACCUAUGAGCCAUAAAGAGAUAUUGCAGGUGAUCCAAAGAGAAAGGCUUAAGGAAAUAAGGUAAACAUGCCUCUGGCGUCACAAGUUCAAAUACCCCUCAGAUAUUAGGCGCUUUCACAAGCGAGGCAGUCUCCCUCAUUUCUUGACUUCUUGCAUCAACUAUUUUCAUUGAUUAUAUUUGCAGUGAUUUUACUCAGUUGAUAACUGUUUCAUUUCUUUUUGUUUCAUUGUCACUUUUCUCAUCCAGAAGUGGAACCUCACCGCUGGCAUGUCUGAAUGCAAUGCUGCACACAAACUCACGUGGCGAGGAAGGGAUCUUCUACAAAGUACCAGGCAGGAUGGGAGUCUACACAUUAAAGAAAGACAUCUCUGACGUGGGGAAGGAGCUGUCGGAGGAGGGCUCUGAUGAUAGCAGCGAUAAUCUGUCAGAUUCCCGAAGCUCUGAAAACAACAGUGGCGCCGUUUCUCCAGAAGGCAGGAGAGGACGGUGGAUGCGAAGAGUUCCUUCCAAGCUGCAGUCGCAACCCUCGUCUCCUCAGCCGCGAUGCUCGUCGCCUCCUGUCCCCCCCAGUAAACUCAUCUCUCCCUCGCAGAAGCACAGCAAGAAAGCUUUGAAACAGGCCUUGAAGCAGCAGCAGCAGAGAAACCAGCGCAGACAAGGAGGAAUGCCAACCGUCUCCAGCCCAAGACUGCUUCUGAAGACCAUCAAAGACAUGACGGAUAUUUCAACAAAGACUGCUGACUGUUGCCACCCAGUCGUACCCAGAAAGGUUCCCCAGAGGUCCAGUCGCCUCAGUGCAGGGCAGAUAAAACGCACUAAGUGUAAAAUAGAUGUGGAGACUCCAGACUCUAUUUUGGUCAACACCAAUCUGAGAGCGAUCAUCAACAAGCACACCUUCACUGUCCUGCCUGCCGAUUGCCAGCAGAAGCUGCUCAAACUCCUGCCUGAUGUGGACCGUCAGGCUUGCUUGGACGGCCUUCUGAAGAUCACGAGCUCUGCCUUAAACAACGAGUUCUUCACGUCGGCAGCACAGUCUUGGAAGGAGAGACUAUCUGAAGGGGAAUUCACACCUGAGUUGCAGCUCAGAAUGCGUCAGGAGAUUGAGAAAGAGAAGAAAAUUGAGCACUGGAAGGAAGCCUUCUUUGAAAGUUAUUACGGGGAAAAUUCGGGGCUCAACUAUGAGGAAUCCAAAGAGCUGACGAAGGCUGAUCUGCAUCAGAAGUCUGACGGUCCCCAGUCCCUCCCUCGUCAGACAACGCCUGUCGCUCAAAAACCUGAAAACACCAAGUGCACCAAGGACAGACGUCAGAUUGAUGACGCCGCAAAGGACAUGAAAUCGACACAGAUAUCACAGGACUCUCCGAGGGCUCAGGCUGGUCCAAAAGACUCUGUCUCCACCAUGGAGCCCAUGAGGACACGGCGCUCACAGCAGGCGGAGGAUCGUAAGUUGAACACAAGUGCACAUUCUGAGCCCACGCCUGCAGUGAUAAGACCAGAGGUUGAGAAACAGACUGAACAGGGCUCAGCAUGCACACCUCCUGUAGAGGAGCAUAAAGAAGAAACGGAGGAGAGGAAAAUUGAACUCCCUGAGUCCCCUGUGAAGACAAACCCUCCACUACAGGGUGGUUCAGAAUCGAAAGACGACCAGCUGGUGUCUACGGUUAAGUCUGAGGAGAGCGAGGAGGUCACGUCUGAGCCCAGCGGACCCUCAGAGCCUCUGAAAAGGAAGUCUCUUAGCGAGACCGAGGGGGAGUUGACCCCUGAAAAAAGAUCCCGUCUCUCCUCAGUUUCUUCAGUGUCUUCAGUCUCCUCUGCAUCUCCUUCAGCGUCGUCCAUAUCCAGCCCUGCUACACCUUCUCCAACUAGUCAAAGGGUUCCACCACUCAAGAUCCCAGUGUCACGAAUUCUUCCUGUUCCUGUGUCACCGAACCAAGUCUCGCCAAGGACUCCCCUCCCUUCCCCGCUAAGUAGCCCGGGCCGUACUGGCGCUCGCACUCUGGCUGACAUCAAGGCCAAAGCUCAGCUUGCGCGGGCACAGCGAGCAGCAGCAGCGGCCAUAUUAGCCUCAAAGGGAGCGGUCCCGGGCCCAGGACCAGGCGGGGGCAGUAACGAGCAGAGGCAGCCGUCUCCCAGCCUCACCCUCAGUCCAACGUCGCCGCAGGCAUCAGCCAGGAUACCAGCCACCAGCAGUAACAGCAGUCAGUCCAGCACACCUUCUCCUCGCCCGCUGGACUCGUUUGAUCAGUUCAGCCCAAACCACGCGCAGAUAUCUUGCUCGAGCAAAACUGUGGACAAACACAAAGGCCCUGCUGCUAAUAAUGUCAGUACAGGAUCGAGCGUCAUCCAGAGGAGUCCAAGUGCAUCAACACAGUCUUCCUCCAUGCACGCUGUGAAGGAACUGGACAUCCCAACAGGUGCUGCUAAGCCAAUAAGCAGAACCAGUUCCUGCAUCCCCGCAAACAACCCACUGGUGACGCAGCUUCUGCAGGGAAAAGAGGUUCCAUUGGAGCAAAUUCUCCCAAAACCGCUAUCCAAGGUGGAAGUGAAGAUGUCGAGCUUGCCAACUUGUAGCCAGCUCAGGCCGUCAUACACUGUCCAGCAUCGGACUGAUAAGCAGGUGUCACAGCAGUUCAAUGCAGCAGGACGAGUCGGCGUCAUCUCAGAGCAAACUAAACAUCAUCGGGAGCUUCCUGACAAGGAGACGCAGGAGCAGAUCCUACAGGCCCUCAUGCAGAGGAAAAUCCAGCAAAGCCAGCCUUAUGGAGGUGUGGGCUCUCAACCCCCACAGUACAAAGUACAACAUGUUGCACACGCGGAGCAAAUUCAGGACCAAUGCAGGACGUCUGUUGGCUUUUUGACUCGAAAGAGGACUCCCAGGCCUGCCAUGACAGGACACUAUCUGCUAAAUGUGUCCACGUACGGUAGAGGGCCAGAGAGCAAGAGACUGCACCUGUCAGUCCUCCCAAACAAGUCUGUGUCCAGCUUAAAAAGGGAAAGCACAGAUGGAGAGGAAGCGCCUAAGGAAGAAGCAGCAGCCACGAAUGUUUUCUUGCCCGUUUCUGGCGUAAAAACGGAGCAGCAAGGAUAUUCAAUAACCAAGUCUGAUGACCCAACAAAUCUUUCCAGCAUAAAGGCCGAGCCUGGAACCGAGGAGCACGCAGCUGGUGGCAACAACGGCACCGGUGCUAAAGCCAAAGACACCAGCCCCCUUCCCCAGUCUCACCGAAUGCACCUCGAACUGCGCAAUAGUAAUCAAGGAAAAUCCGAGCCAUAUCUCCCCCACGUGGACCCCUGUCACCAGCAUCCGCCUGCCUUUCAAUCCCAGAGAACGCUUGAUAAUCAGGAACCCGUGGUAGCUUCGUGCUACGGUGGCACAAUCAACAUGCCUGUACCUCAAACUCUGAACCACAACACUGCAGGCGCCAGCCCCUCCACGUCCUCCACGGACGCCGACGGCGGGGGCAUUCACGGCAGCGUCAUGUCCUUCUCCGUGACCGUCACCACCAUCCCUGCCGGACACUCGCUGGACCACGGCAGCCCGGGCGAGCCCUCGCCCGAGCAGUCCUUCAUCGAGGGCUCCAGCAUGGACGACGUCCAGUCCAAAUGCUACUGCCGACUCAAGGCCAUGAUCAUGUGCAAAGGUUGUGGAGCCUUCUGUCACGACGACUGUAUCGGCCCCUCAAAACUGUGUGUCUCCUGUUUAGUGGUACGAUGAUAUGAAACUAUUGAUAUUUGGAGGUGGAAAAUAAAAAAAGUUAAGUUUAAUUUUUUAAUUUUGUUGUAGGCACAGAGCAGCAGCAGAUUAUUUAAAAUCAAUACGGAAGGAGGUGCAAGCACAUUAAUCAUGCUUCGUACGGAACAACCAGCGUCUGGUUGCUGUUUGAAAGGCAAAGAUUUACACUGGAAGGUUUUAUUAUUCCACCAAGAGUUACGUAAAGUUUGUAAAGUGCAGUAGAAAAGCCAAUCCGUUUUCAGUCAGUUUUUUAGUCCGCCAGAAAUCAACAUCUGGCAGUGUUUGCACUCAGCUAGAUUAGCAUGGUAUAUUUUUUUUAUAUGUAUGUCUGUAGUUUAAAAAAAAAAAAAAGAGGGAUAAUGAAUGUUGAUAUUUUUUUAGGACUUGAUGACUGUUGUGCUUUUAAACUGAACCUCGUUUUUUUUCUUUAGUGGGUCGAAUGAGUUUUGGUUUAAAAGCAAAAUCAAAAUGUGCUAAUGAUAAUCAUAUUUGUAGAGUUCCUAAUAUUUGGCAUUUAUGCACGUGUGUCAGGGAAGUGCAACUAGUAGUAGCUAUUUUCUAUAAAAUUGUACAUUUAUUACAAAACACACUCAGAUUUAAAGACUUAAAGGACAUAUAGUUUAGUAAGAAAAUAUAAAAAGUUUUUAAAUAAUGAAAUAUAUAUGUGUAUGUGUAUAUGUAUAUAUAUAUACAUAUAUAUAUAUAUAUAUAUGUGUGUGUGUAUAAACCUCAUCGUGUGAGGAUUGCACAAUCUCACCCCAACAGUUACAGGGCAUAGCACUUGAAAACCACCUGGAUAUAAGGAUGUAACUAUGUACAGCACCUAAAUUCAGACUUUGGAGAAGGAAAAAUCUUUAUAUAUCCUUAUUUCUUAUCUGGUAAAGGUUAUGAGUCACCUUCUACUGUUUCAACCAGCAUUUUCUCUCCAAAAAGAAGUUUUGUAGAUAACGUCUCCCUUGAAACUGAAUUUCUUAUUCUUGUUAUGCCUGUAUAGAUAGACCAGCAGUGGGAAACUGUAAAUAAAACACUCAAGGAAAGGGGAGAAAAAUAAGGAUUUUUGACAUUUUCCACUGUAAAUACUGGCUCACGUUUUUGUAUAUAGCGAGAUGUAGGAAUUACUGUCGUUUUUCCGUGUGCAGGAUGUUUUGUUUCACCAUAUCUGCUUUUAAUUGAAAACUAAUAUUGGAAAAAAAAAAAUUGGGGAGGGGGACAAAGCUUAUUAUGCUCAAACGCUAAAUGUUUGAUGAUUCUGCACGGCAGUUUUAUAAAAUUAUGUGGAGGUCCAGUGUCGUAAAUAGGUGAGGGUAAAGCUUCUUCCAAGGGAAUUAAGAGUAUUAUUUAUGUGGUGGAAAGUACAGUAAAAUAUGCCAGUGAAGCAUUACCUCAAUAUUUUUCUUUCUUUUUUUUUUUUGCGUCAAGUACGUUUUAAAAUCUCUUGGAUGUGGAAAUUACGCCUGUUUUACUACAGACAUUUUCAAUAACAUGCCAAAGUAACCUUUAAAGAAAACAAAAGUAAUCAGAAGUUGCUUUUCAAUGUCUUACUUGUUAAUCGAAGUAAUAUAUUUUAAUUAAUAUAUUUUAAUAUAAGAGUUAUUUGCUAUUUUUUUCCCCAAGACAAAUCAACAGGGUAUUUACUAUAAUAUUAUAUUGGCUGUCUUUUUUUUUCCCUUUAAUUUUGUUUAAACAUGGCAACUUUGUAUUUGAAGUUUCCACUGGAUUUUCUAAAGUUGUGGCCCAAACAUUUCAAUCAAUCUAUUGAUUUUUGUUUGUGUUUGUGUGUCCUUUGAGCAUUCUUGUCACUGAUGCAAACAGGAAAGUGUUUUUGAACUUUUAAAUCAGUCCGUUACCCAAUGUGUCUUUUGAUUAAAUUGUCAAAAACUGGAUUUAAAGAGCGUGGGGGUAGAAAAGAAGGGUUUUGGCAUAUUCAGUACAAUGAUGGCACUAAAACUGAUUUACCAGUGUUUGAAUUUUGUUAAGAAAAUUUUAAAUAUACCCCUUGUGAUUGUGUAGUUCCUGUUUGGCUGAAUGUGAUCUUAGAUUGCUGUAUUUACUCGUGUAGAGUUGGGGAUGGAUUUGCACUGGAAGGAAUUAAUGAGCUCUCAAUCGCAACCCCUGUAGGCAGCUGAGAUCUUUAUUAAUGAGGACUGAACCAUGAGUCAGGCAGCAGUCCCCACUAUUACUGAAGUUACCCGUUAGGGUCCGUUUAGAAGAGCGGCAAAUAUAGAAUCUGCUGGGGGGGUGGGGGCAAUCACCACGUCUUUUUUUUCUUGUUUCUUUUUUAGAAAUCUCACAUUUGGCACAAGUUUCAUUUGUUUAAUGUCUCCAUCUCUAUUAAAAAUCUGGUGAAUGUAAUAUAGUAAUCUGCACUUGUAAACAAAAUGUAUUUUAUCUUAAAGUUACAGACUAUUAUUAAUAAAUAUACAUAAAAUAA